UAUAGCAAACUUCAGGUUAAUGUCGAUUUUGGGUGGCAUGAACGGUUCUUUCACUCUAUUACAAAAGGAAAUUUCAACGGUCCUACCUCUAGAUAGCUUUGGAAAUGUGCUGCUGUUCCUUUUUGGCAUAAUUCUAGCGUCAGCGAUAAUACUACUUAAUUUUUCGGUACUGAUUUCAGUUAUGCUGAAUAAAUCACUCCGCAGCGAAAAUCGCUUCAUGUACAUGUUGAGUACAUGUGUCAGCGAUAUCUGUACUGGGGUUUCCUAUUAUUAUGUAGGGGUCCUGAAUGUCAGGGACAGCUAUGACUCCCCAACGCGAACCUUUUAUAUCGCUCCGACAUUUUUAGGCCUUUCUUAUAUGGCAAUUUUAGCCGCACAGGCUGACAGGUAUCACGCCGUUGUUUCCCCUUUUAAGUAUUCCCAGAGAAUGACACGCAAUCGUACACUUUUGGUCAUUUUGGCUUACUGGGUUUACGCCUUUAUCAUCGUUGCGGUGAACAACCUGGUAACGGUGGGAGUCGCUAAAAGAGUUACUGGAAUCGGCACGUUCGUGGGUAACAUCUUCACUGUAAUCAUCAUGAUGGGCCUAAACAUACGAUUAUUCUUCAUUGCAAAGUACCAGUUGGAGAGGGAGCCCCCAUCAAUGGAAAGAGAACAAAAACGAUCAUCCGUGUAUCUUAUAAUCAUCGUGGCCGUGUUUUUCCUGUGCGCAUGGUUGCCCAUUUUCCUACAUAUUAUCAUAUGUAACUUUGCCGGAUCCAUUUGUUACGCCUUUCAGAACGAGGGGACGGACCCUCUGCGCAUUUUGCCCAGAGUGAAUGCGGCCCUCACCCCGUUGUUGUACAUUAGAGGUUGUCAGUCUUUGAGGAAAACGCUGUUUACCAAAGUUUGGAGACCGCUAUGUAAUGACAGGGGGGUGAGUGCGGAAUAAAAACCGUGGAUCCGCUGGACAUUCGACCAACUUGUCGCACAAAGUAUAACAAUCAUAAUCAUUUGAUUCAUUUAAAUAUUUAUGCCCAACACUAAAAUAUGUCAACGAGCACACAGGUUAUCAAGUUCCUCUAAGUACUAAUUUGAAACUUGGUUUAAUUUUCGCCGCCCGAAGAAAACAAAUGAUUCAAAUGCUGUUGAGCGCAUAAUACUUCUUUAUCCUAUACUGUAAAAUAUGCCCUAUAUUAACAUCAAUAACUUUUAUUCCGCAUUUAAUACUGUUGUGUACCUUACGAAAAUAAUAUUCUUCUUCUUGUUCAAGAGCGAUGAGGUUAUCAAAUAGCUGUCUUUGGUUUGUAUUUGAGGAGGCACAUUGUACAUUUUUAUGUUUUUUCUGUUCUUUUUUGCUGAUAUUUAGCUAUGAAAAAAGUUAUCAGACAACUCAAUUUAUACAUUUGUAUUGGGUAUAGCGCUGUUGCCUUACACCCCGAGGGCUGGGUAUGUGAAUGGCGCCUGGGUGUGUCUGUCUGGGUGGGUAAUGACUUUACAAACCAGUUAUUUUGACGUUGUGGGUCCCCA